ACUGCCACAAACAAACAGAGAGCGGCGACCGGCGGCGCCGCACUCGUCUCGUUACUAAACAAGCACAAUUCGAACGGUAACUAUUAAAAUAUAUGUAAUACACAAGAACGUAAAUUAGUAACGUGUCAAGCAAGUUAAUUACAGGUUUAUGUUGCCUGUUUAUUUGUAUAGUGCAGUUAUUUAAUUACAGACAGUAUUGACUAAUAAUAUUACAAGACAGCGGUGUAUUCUACAUACUUGGAAAACGAGAUUAACCAGAAUAUGGAUAUAGUACGGAAAAUUCAAAGUAUUUCAUGGUGCAAGGAGCCUUGGGGAGCGCCAAAUAUUUCCGAUGAAGCAAAGCAGCUACUUAAAGAAUGCACAAAUAUCACUCCACCAGAGUUAAUUGAUGAUCUUCAAGAAAUUAUUCGAAGGAGCAAUGAGUUUCCUAUUAAAUUUCCUAUCGACACUGUAAGAUUAGAAAAACUCAAGACAAGGAGACCUAUUGAAAAGCUGAAAGAAAAUGUAAGGUCCACUUACCCUGUACUCCAUGAACGGGUGCUCGUCCUCAUGGCCAACUUUCUAGUCUACAAGAGGAAGUAUGGAUCAAUCGUCGAAAAAGAAAUGUAUUCGAAAAUGUCUGUGGUAGAACUUAUUGAUAGGAUACUGCACAAACGAGCUAUAUGUUUUAUGAAGAAACAAGAUGUCUACCUGCUUCGGUCAGGUAAAAAGGGUGAAGGCGGUUGGGAGAGCAUAGGCACUGCAGAGGAGCGGCCUCCCCUGGUGCUGGCUGACUACCUGAGCUACGACGAGCUGAAGCUGUCUGCGCUGGUGUCCGUCAGCGGGCCCACCGCCUGCAUCAACGACGGCACGCGCCGCAACUCCGGCGUCGUCAAGGAAGACAACAUUGAGACUGACGCUAUUAUAAUUGGAGUGAUAGGGCCACGUUUCCAGCGUCCAGGGCGCGUAGACUGCGAAGAUAUUCUUAUUACGGAAGACCAGAAUCGUGAAGAGAAUGGCUAUGGAAGUAUUCCUUCGGAUGGACCGGUAACAGCGAAACAAAUGUGGAGGAAAUUGUGGGCGGACUUUUAUCAGAUUCCAAGCAUGACAUAUAAGCAGCUAACGUCAACAGUUCAGCUAAAAGGAGUUGCGGCCCGUGACUCACGCGUGUUCACGGAGCGAUACGCACGAAGACCGCGUUCUAGCGACGUGUUCGACGCUACAGCGUACUCACGGCGGCUCACGCUGCUCGCCGACACGGUGCUUAUCGAGGCCGAUGCUCGCGCCGCCGCCGCCCGGAAACCUGCCUUCGUCAAUAUUAUCGGUGCAGGUCUCGGCGUAUGGAAGAUAUCACCUCAUCAAUUGGACCUGUUCAUCCUCACUUUCUUGCAGAGGAUACACUCACUGCUUAACGACGGAGCGCUGCAUAACAUAUCAGAUGUCAAUUUUGCUUAUAUAAAACCUGGAGAUAGUGUACUUCCUCUGUUCAAGUCAAAUGCAUCUAAAACCGAGAAGAAAGUUUUACUAAAAAAUGAGGCACAUCCAAAAGGUGGCAUCAGCGUGCAGGUGGAGGACCGCGAGCCGUCGUCCGCGCUGGUCGGCGAGCACGCCGGCAAGCUGCUCGUCAUGACGUACGCCUGGGACGGGAACGCGCACCCCGGCAACGAGUUCUGGCUCGGCAAGCUGGCGACGUCGGGCGACCCGGCGGCGGCGUGCUCGACGCAGGUGAGCGAGCUGCACAGCGCGGCCGUCAACCCCGCCGUCUGCGGCCGCAACGCGCGCGUCGCCGCCUCGUGCGGCCUGCGCUCGCUCGCAGCCGCCGCAGCGAACCUCGUCUGAGAACGUGCACGUCCAGAAUAAAUUUAUUCACUUUUAAAAAAUUCAAAGUCAAUUUUUAUUGUACCAUCCGUUUGUAAAUAGUUUCAACUGUCAACCGCUAAGUACUAAAGAUUCGACUGCUACUAAAUGCGUUUCCUUUUCCUAUGUGCGACACUCAAGAGCGAAAUAAUGACACUUCAGUAUUUUUCAACCACAUAAUUAUUGUUGGAAUAUUAUAUUAUUAUUUUAAUAUAAUUUAUUAUUUAUUUGUUUAUUUAUAUACUGUGUUAUUGUACAUCCACUUGCGCACAGGCGCACUUAUCCCUUAAGGGAUUUUUGAGAAACCGAAAGGAGAAAGUGUCUAUGUAUAAUAUUCCAAUGUGUACAUUUUCGCAUACCCGCAGCUAACUAUCUACGACUUGGUACCGACUCUAUAAAGUACACAUAUUGUCGUGCCGCACGAUUGCAAGAGAAUGAGCCUUUGGACAUAUUAUCGCAUUCUUUCUCCAGCUAACAUCUUGGUUUAAUAUUCUAAAAAUAAAUUUAUUUUUAUACUUAUCAAGUUAGCUACUGAUUAAUUAAUCACUAAGUAGUUUAUAAAUAUGUGUAGUAAGAUUCUAAAGUAAUCAUAAUUAUUACAAUAAACACCUUAUUAAAAAAAAAAUAA